AUGUACCUACGUACAUCUAGAGCAGGCCUUGACCGUAUCCCAUUCCACGCAGGUUCAAUUGCCACCCAAGAGACGUGCCCCAGGGGUGUUUCACAGAAGGGACUUUCACCCCCUGUGAAGUGUGAAAGUCUCGUCUCGGUGUGUCCACUUGCACUUUGCAUGAACGAGAAGGAUCAAGGAGUGUGGAGGACCCAAGCCAUUUGGGUUUCGGCAGGAACUCAAAAGGAAUCAACCCCAAAAAAAAUAAACAAGGGGGGAUUGAGCGCGGAAGAGUGGAGACAUCAGCGUCUCUCUGGCACUCAUCAUCCUCAUUAUAAUCCCCCAAAGCAACAGAUGACAACACCAGCAACUGAUCAAUCUUCAAUGGACAACCUUGUUGAGGACCCUCAGACGCCGCCGAGCAUGCUCCGCAUGGCUCGCAAGAAUCUAGCACCUGGGUCAUUUAUCAGUGAGGACGCACAUGAGCUCUCUAGGCCUUUCGUGAACAUCAAGAUGAAGGUUGUGAUCAAGUGCCUGAUCACACGAUACUUCUUGGAUUCGAAAACUAAAACUUACACUCAUUAUCUUAAAGAUAAAGGGCAAAUCACGCCAUGUGUUGAGUGGCUCUUGAUGGGUCAGCUUUGGCAUCUUGCCAAACUGCCUGAAUUCAAACGAACUUUUCCCAAAGGUUUUCAGGUAGCCAACCGAAGAAGAUCUUUUCAGGUGCUCCAUCUAGUGGAAGAAUGCGCGGUCAUGAUGCGAUUACGAUUGCGUGAUUUGCUGCUUUUUAAUGUGUCCGUCACCCACAACGGCGUGGUUCCAGACCUCACACACCUGAUCCUCAAAUGUUUGAUCGCUGUUGAAAUGGUUUGUAGAAACCCGCAGGCCAAUGCUUUGCCUCCAAUUUGGCAAAGAGUUGAUGCAAAGAUCACGUACAUUACGCAAACCAUUCCGGAAACCCAACAAAAGAGGUACCACAAAACACUCCGGGACCUCAAUCGGCUUGUGUUUGAUGGCGUCAAAACAUUUCCGCAGAUUUUGAAACAAGAUUUCGCGGCAAUAGCCGCAGCUCUGAAUGAGCGUCCGGUGUAG